AUGUAUGUGGUGGUAUUAGUGUGUAGUAGACAGAGAGCGACUGUGCGCACGCGUCCCCAAGCAAGCGCAAGACAAAUCAAUGGCGGCUCGUAUCGCAGCAGCCCUGGCCUCAACAAAGCCGCUGCUCGAGUAGCUGGAGUAGCUGGAGUAGCUGGAGCUGGAGCUGGAGCGAGCUGGGCCUGGCCGUGUAUUCGUAGUCUACUUCCAUACACCACCACGAUCGUCGCCGUCCGCCAUUCACCCAGCUCCCAACUCACACCCACACGCCCACUGGCGCCGACUCGCCAUCGCCCUGACCCUCGCCCUCGUCGUGCCCUAGCCCGUCCGGCAUCGCCUAUCCUUUGCGCGAUAGUGUCCCCACAAGCGUCGCCAGUGCACGCCCCCCCGGCCUGUCUCUCCCGCCCUCUGAGCGUCAUCCAUGGGCCCCGAAAUACCAGCGACCAUCACUUCCCCAUUCGGAAAGCCCAACGGAGCCAGUCUUCUGCCUCUCAACUAAACCCAUAUCCACCCUAUCCACCCCUUCUCACCACCUGCCUGCUCCCCCUCAACCACACGGACCCUCUCUGCUUCCCCGGCUCUACCACGCCCCAAGCUGCUGCCCUGCCUCGGACCUGA